UUGAAUGAUGUUCUUAAUUGCUGGAUUUUUUUAAAGAUAAAUGGGAUGGGAUAGUCUCAACAUCAUCAACUUCAAAUCAAUAUUUGUUGAUUCAUUUUCCUUUUUCAGCCUCUUGAAUCCCCAUGCACGUAACGGAUGUUGCUCUCACGAUUUCUCACUAUAUAUACAAACCACAGCAUACAUGCUUCCGCACUCGAUCGACAUGGCUCUGAUGCUGAAGCUCUUUCUUUUCACUCUUCUCUCUGCAUGGAGCCUGGGAUCCAUGGCUUCCGCACGGUACCUGGACAAGAGCUUCAGCCUUGCUGCUCGAUUACAUGCGGACGACGACUCAUCAUCCAAGUGCUGGGAGUCUUUGCUUGAGCUUCAGGCAUGCACUGGAGAGGUUGUCCUGUUCUUCCUCAAUGGUGAGACUCACCUUGGGGCCGGCUGUUGCCAAGCCAUUCAGACCAUUGAGCACCAAUGCUGGCCUGCCAUGCUUACUUCCAUUGGUUUCACUGCCGAGGAGGGCGACAUCCUCCAAGGUUACUGUGAUGCAACCACAUCCUCUUCGGCUCCCCCACCACCACCACCACCACCAUCCAUGGAGCCUAAUGACGUGGUUACCUUGGGUGGCUUUUUCCUCGAUCCUUAGUAGAACGCGUUCUUACUAGCAGUUAUGUCUUUUACAUAUAUCUGAUCCGCUAGUCUAAAUAUAUACAGAAAAGGGUGUUUGGAAUUAAUGAAUGAUUUCCUAUAUAUUGCCCCA